GUCACUUCCGGGAAUGCCCGCGGCGGCGGCGCUCGGGCAGGGCCCCCGCCGGCACCAUGAGCGCCGAGACGUUCGUGAAGGACAUCAAGCCGGGGCUGAAGAACCUCAACCUCAUCUUCAUCGUGCUGGAGACAGGCCGGGUGACGAAGACGAAGGACGGGCACGAGGUGCGGACGUGUAAGGUGGCCGACAAGACGGGCAGCAUCAACAUCUCGGUGUGGGACGACGUGGGAAACCUCAUCCAGCCCGGGGACAUCAUCCGCCUCACCAAGGGCUACGCCUCGGUCUUCAAGGGCUGCCUGACGCUGUACACGGGGCGCGGCGGCGACCUGCAGAAGAUCGGCGAGUUCUGCAUGGUGUACUCCGAGGUGCCCAACUUCAGCGAGCCCAACCCCGAGUACGUGGCGCAGCAGUCGCAGAGCAAAGGCACCCAGAACGAGAGCGCGAGCCCGGCCGCCGCGCAGAGCAGCCAGGGCCCCCCCGCCGCACCCCCAGCCCCCGACAGCCAGAACGGGAACGGGCUGAGCCCGGGGGGCCCCGCGCACCCCCCCAGCGCCCCCGCGCACCCCCCCAGCGGCCGCAUCACCCGCAGCCAGCCCGGGCACCCCGGCCCCGCCGCCGGCCCCGUCAGCAACGGCAAAGAGACGCGGAGGAGCAGCAAGAGAUAACGGGCCCGGACCCCCGCCACCACCCACCCUCCGCCCCCGCGGGCCCUGUCGGGGGUCCCGGCCCCCCCCCCCGGGGCUCCUGGCCUCGAGCAGCCGCUGGGGCGAGGACGGGGCCGCCCCCGCUCACCCGGGGGACCCCUGCCCCGUGCCGGCCGCACGCGGGGUCCCGGGCACGAGGGGCUGAGCCGCUCGGCUCCUGCCCGCGG